AUCGUCGUUGUGGUGCGUCACGUCGCGUGUGCGAGAGUCUCCGAGAGCUGCUGGCCGUGCCAAUCCGGCGUGUCGGUGUGCGUGUUUGUGUGCGUUUUUCCUCCGUUUGCGGAAGAGUUGCGAGAAAGAGAGCGAGAGAGAGUGUGAGGGCAAAAAACGGGAAAAACGACGGCGAUUGAUUCGAGUCGAGGCCUGCUGAUUAUUCACAAGUCAUUUUCCGGGAAAAUCUGCGUGGGUGAAUUUUCCUUGUCCCAAGACGCGCGCGGUUCUGUUUGCUUCCCGUUUGCAAAAGUGAAACGGCAACAUCGACUGUCAGUCGGUAGAGCGAGAGAAAGAGAGGGAGAGAGCCAAAAGUUAUCAGCCGAAAAAUCGUUUGAUUUCGUUCUAAACGCCAGGAUUUCGUUGUAAAUCCAGUUUUCCGGAAAACACGUCGCGUUCCAGCUGGAGAAUUCGUGUCGAAAACCGUGAAUCUGCCCGUAAAUGUUCAAUCCCGACGCGGUUUGACCGUGAAAAGGAAGAAAAACCACGAGGAAGAAAUUUCCGGAUUGACAGUGUGUGUGCGUGGAAAUUGCAUUUUCCAGACGUCAACGAAAAUCAUUGGAUUUUUCCCCGAGACCCCAUCCAUAAGAUCGUGUGCGGUGAGGAGUAUUUUUCUGAAUAACGCUCAAACAUGAAUAAAGCAGCCACGGACACGCGUUGUCUAAUUUCACCCCGGAUACGUCACAUGGAGCAACCACUUUGACCGGUUGGAGUCCUCCAGAAGCAGCAGCAACAGCAGAAGUAGGAGAGCAGAAGCAUUAGCCGAGAAAGUUCAACAGCAGCAGCAUUUGUAAAGACAACCAACAAACAACUCAACAACUACAAUCUACACACACACAGUCACACAUUCGGAAUCAGCAACAACAACAGAGAGAUACCCAUUAGAAUUCCCCCCCACCCUCCUCACACCUCACGCGUCGUGUGGAGUUUUAACUGAACUAGUUUUGCUCCUGGGGCCAUCUCGUUUGGCACUCCCAGGGUCCGGGCGAUCCUCCAAAAGCCACCUGCCGUUUUGCGUUUGUGCAGAACUGCCUGAACAGCACCACUCACUUUCACAAGAAGGGCGGCAGUCGACGCGGCUUCUUCCACCAACCUAAACCCCCCCACAAACGAUGGCUGUUUUUACAAAACUCUGCUUACCCGAUAUUGUCAAAUUAAAACGCUAGUUAGUAAAGCCUUUGUCCGUCCCCGAUUUCGAGGAGGUCACGCUAAGAAUUUACUAACUUUAACGUUUUUUAGGUACAAUAUCAGUUACUUUACACGGUUUUUACUUAACGUUAAGUCUUUUGUCAAGCCACUUUUUUAUUUAAUUAUCAUAGAAAGUACACUCGUAAGAUUUAAUAAUAUAAAUAAUUAAUAAUUUUCUUACUAGAAUUUUAACGAGUACUGUUUUUUUGGAUACCAUAGUGCUACCCUUAAAGUACUUGAGUUUGCAGAUAUCGAUUUUACACACUUUUUUCAUAAAAAAGCUAGAGCAAGUGCGCACUAAUUUGUACCGUGUCUAGAGUGUUUCGCCUCGAUAAUUGUUGGAGAAGUAUCUCGAAAGUUAAAAAAAAGAAGUUAAAACUCCACUGAUUCCCAUUUCGAAUAUCCUCUUUCACUCGUGAGCGCGCAAAGAACGCAAACAAAUCUCUCUCAGCGCUCGAUUCGAAAGAAAAGCAAAAAUGGAGCCAUUCUCAGCGGAUAUUUUGUGGCUCGUCAUACUGGGCUUUGUGAUCGCGUUUAUUUUGGCGUUCGGAAUUGGAGCGAACGAUGUGGCCAACUCGUUCGGCACCAGCGUCGGGUCGGGCGUGCUGACCAUCCGGCAGGCCUGCUGGUUGGCGACGAUCUGCGAGGUGUCCGGAGCGGUGCUGAUAGGGUACAAAGUGUCGGACACGAUGCGGAAAGGCAUCCUGGACGUCGAGAUGUACAAGGGAACCGAGCAGGAACUAAUGCUGGGCUGCCUGUCGGCGCUGGCCAGUUCCGCGCUGUGGCUGCUGGUGGCGACGUUCUUCAAGCUGCCCAUCUCCGGCACGCACAGCAUCGUCGGUUCCACGAUCGGAUUCAGCCUGGUGGCCCGCGGCAUGCAGGGACUGAAGUGGAGCACGCUCGGAACGAUCGUUGGUUCGUGGUUCAUCUCGCCGGUGCUUAGUGGAAUGAUGAGCGUUACGCUGUUUUGGCUGAUUCGGAAGUUUAUUUUGUGCGCCAAGAACCCGCUGAAGGCCGGGUUGCGGUCGUUGCCCCUGUUCUAUGGCGUUACGCUGGCAGUUAACAUAUUCAGCAUCGUUCACGAUGGACCGAAAUUGCUCCACAUGGAUAACAUCCCGACCUGGGUUGCGCUGGUCACCAGUGUUUCGCUGGGAUUGAUCAUUGCCGUGCUCGUUCAGCUGUUUAUCGUGCCGUGGCAGAAGAAGAAGAUUCUGAAUCAGGACAAGACGACCAAGACGGAGUUUAUGGUCGGAGACUCGGACUGCGAUUCGUCCUCGAACGGAAGCCCACGACGCCCGAAGCGUCCGCUGUCGCUGGUCGGUGACGGAAAGACGCUGCCGGCAAUCACCGAGACGACCGAGCUGGUUUCGCUGUCGUCGCAGCACCAAAACAACGGACUGAUCAAGAAGUUCUCGAUCGACCUGUCGCCGAACGCCAUCAAGGGCAACAACAAUCCGAACCCGUACAAAAUCGACCCGCGCAUCGUGCAAAAGGCGGAGAACCUGCUGGCCGCCAACAAGACCAGCCUGGACAACACCGAUCUUACGAUCACCAGCCUGAACUACAUCGACGAGUACCAGAACGGACAUGGUCGGAUCGCGCUCAACUCGUACUUUGAUCGCCGGAACAGCAACAACGUUUCGCCCAAAUCGCCGGACUCGGUUACGCUCAGCAACGGAGUAAAAGACGCGUCGACCAUCGUCCAGAACGGUCGAUCGCCCACCAGUCCCAAGAGCGACAGCACGCUGCCAAUCGCCGACUACACGCUCGCACCGCCCAACAUCCUGAACAACAGCAGCGGCACCGCCACCGGAAACGACCUGAAAAAGGACAUUGGCAAGAUCGAGAACGCCGCCGGGUUGGACCAUUCGCUCAUCAGUACGACGCUGUCGCCCAACUCGAGCAAGGUGCCGCUGAUCGGGGGAAAGGACGGAAGUGAAGACGGGCGAGCGCAGCAGGUGGUCGAGGAAACCGAGGACGUUUCGGCGCUGUUUUCGUUCCUGCAGGUGCUGACGGCCACGUUCGGAAGCUUCGCGCACGGUGGCAACGAUGUGAGUAACGCGAUCGGCCCGCUGAUAGCGCUGUUCAUGAUCUACCGCGAGGGCUCGGUGCUGCAAAAGUCGGAAACGCCGCUGGCGAUCCUGCUGUACGGCGGCGUCGGCAUCUCCGUCGGGCUGUGGCUGUGGGGACGCCGCGUCAUCGAGACGAUCGGCAACGAUCUCACCAAGAUUACCCCGUCGACUGGCUUCACCAUCGAAAUCGGUGCGGCGUUCACGGUGCUGCUCGCGUCCAAGAUCGGUCUGCCCAUCUCGACGACGCACUGCAAGGUCGGUUCGGUGGUAUUUGUGGGCCAGGCCAGCGCCCCGAAGAAGCUGUCGGCGGACGAGGAGAAAGCGCUGAAGUUGCGCAGUCCGCACGAGCAUCAUCACUACGCGACUGGGCAGCAAAAGGCCGUCGACUGGGGCCUGUUCCGGAACAUUGUGUACGCGUGGGUGGUGACGGUGCCGGUGGCUGCGCUGCUGAGUGCCGCGUUUAUGUACGCGCUGUGUGCGAUCGUGUUGUAAGAAGGAGGAGGAGAAGCGGCCAAGAGGAAGGAAGGACAUCUCGGAGGAGUUUCUUCAGAUUGAGUUGUUGGUUCGUUUUUUUUUAAAUCAGGAUUAUUUUCAGGAAACGGUUUUAGGAGUGCAUGAGAUGUUGAAAGUUUUGUUUUUUUUUUAUCGUAGGAAUACAGAGUCUUUGAAAGAUGAAAACACACACACACACCCCACACACAUACGUUUUUGUAUAAUGAUGUUAGGAAAACGACUGUUUAGGUUUCCCUAUCGAAACGCGAACGCGAUUGCUUUUAGGUUUUACUCUGUGUACUUAAAAUGGAGUCGAUUUGAAUACAUUUGUUGCUGGUCUCAAAGUUUGUGCACACACAAAACUUACAACCCACACUCACACACACACAGAACUCUUUCUCUCUUCUGUAGACGAGGAGAAAUAAAUGUUUGAAAGCCAUGAUUAGUGAAGUAACAUUACAACAAAAAAAAAACAAUAAUUAAUUUUUAAGUGUAAAAUCUCAAACAACAAAAGUGAUAACGAAAAAAAGAAAAAACUAGAGCAAAAUAAAGCAAAAAACACAAAUGAGAGAUGAAAAAAAAGCCAAAACAACAAUCAAACAAAUGAACUCGCCGCACUUGUUUCGAAUCAGUCAAUUCCGCGUGCAGAGAUGGCGUUGUACGAUUUUGCAGGAGAAAGAGCACUUCCGUUUUAUGAUUUCCUACGUUGCUUCUUCCUAUGUGUCUGUUUCACUUUCUCUUACUGGGUUGCACAGUCUACUUCACUUGUUUGAUCGGGUUUUGUGUUCCAAGGUGUUUGCGUGUUCAGUUUUGAGGUUACCUUUUUGCGCCGAAAGUGAUAAUACAACAAUUCCCCAAUUUCUAGCAUAGUCGUCCAGACCUCCUGAACGCUAUUGUUUGACAAUUUAAAUUCGCCCUUUUCAAAACUAAAGUAUAAUUCAAAAGGAGGGUUUUCCUGCAAAGUUUAUCAAUGUUGCAUACAAUAACAAAAAUUGUAUGCAAUAUGUACCCGACCUGAGUGUCAAAUUAGGUCGUUAGGUCAUUCAAGCCUUUGGAGGCCUAGAACCGAGUAGGAAUCUUCCAAGAAACUUGUGGGUUGUCGGGCGAACGGAUUCGUUUAUGAAAAAUAACUCUCCGUGAUGGGCACGAAGUGCCCUGAUAGUGCUUAUCCUCAAAACGCCAAUGUCUUUAAACAUCCGGUAUCACGGCUUGGGUGAAUUUCCCCUCCUUUUAAAGGUACUUGCAAAUCUCGACGGUAUUUGGGAAGCUUUUGGUGUUGCUUUCAAAUUCUACGCAUUUUAAACAAUAUUUUAAAACAUUGAAUUGUUUGGAUUGCUGAACAAUAGGGUCCUAAAGCCCUAUGUAAAUUUUUGUGUACAACGGUAAAAAAACACGAUUAAAAACCAUUUCCGAUCCUUUUUUUACAUUUUAAUGCAAAAAAUUAAAUUUACAAGACAACAUUUUUUCGAUGGAUCAACUAUGGUCCCCUUGGAACGAGCUGUCACCUAGGCUGUCACGUAGGACCUUUCCUGUCAAAAAAGACCGUGAAGUCAAUUUUUUGAAAUUGGUUUAAAAAUUCAUUUUAAAUCCUUUGCGGUCGUACAAAGGGUCAUUGUACUCAGAAAAAUAAGCUUUAUCGUUGUGAACAAUAAUAUCCCAAAUUUGACAAUGUUGACAGUUUCAGAGAAAGGGGGCGUUCUUUUAUUACGUAACGCAGUUGGGGAAGAGGGAGGUUUCAAGGCCGUGUUACGCUCCAUAUAAAAAAAAUAAAUUUGCAUGGACACUUUGCCACGAGGAGGGGGGGGGGAUGGGGUCCAAAAAUAUUUUUUUUUGCGUUACGUAAUAAAAGAACGCACCCAAAGUGCUGAAUAUGUAUCAACUCGAAUGGUACAAAAAUUGUGCCAUUUCAAUAAAAUUGUCAUAUUCAAAUCGCACGGGUCAUUGAAUCCGUCAAUCAGGAACAUAACAAAACUUUUCGGUACCUACAAAUUUGGUGCCGAAUCUUUCCGGCCAGAGUUUGUAGGGUUUGAUGUUUGCUGGAGGAGUUGAAAAAAUGUCAACAAAUCAUUUCGUGCAUUGAAACCAUUCAGAUUGGAUUCACUAAUUGGAUUGAAUGUCCGCUAAAGCAGAUAUUAGACAAUGACAAACAAACUCGCUUUUUUUCGUGUUUGACAGUUGGACAAAUUCGCAAACAAUCCAAAAUGUAUGCAGGUUGACGUUUCUGCAAAUAUAUGCAGGCAAACCUUGAGAAAAACAAACAAAGCAGACUGUCAAAAAGUACGAGUUAGUUUCCAGAUGUUAAAAAAAGCCCGCAAAUCGGUUUUUAUAUGGAGAUUUUCAGAGAAGGUAACAAAUCACCGCUAAUUUCACCGGAUUUUUUCCUGUAGGGUUGUUUUGCAUGCCAAAGUGGACCGAAAGCGCUUUUGGAUUAAUUUUAUUUAAAGCUUUUAUUUACUUGUUUUGAAUACCCUACAGAAAAAAAAGGUUAAAUUUGCCCGCAAAAUGUUCCAAGUUUCACUUUUCUCCGUAUAGAAACCAGCUUUCGUGCUAACUAUUUUGACAGCCCGCCUUGCCUUAUUAUAAUCUACAUACUUGUACUCUCUCUGUGUCGAUAUUGAAGGGACCGUCGAGAGCGGGAGGUUUCAAAUUAUAGAAUUCAAAAAUCAAAGCAUGCUUUCGAAGGGACUGAAAAAUUAAUUGACAGAUGGAGCAAUAUUGAUAUCGAGAAAAUCGACAGCUAGAGAGUCGACUGUAUUUCGAAUAAGAAGCUAAUGCGAAUGCGGUAUCACACGUUUUUUUUUGUUGCAGAAGCUCUGUCGCCUGUGACAGCUCUCUUGGAUAAGCCUACCAGACCCACCUUCACAUAGUUUCAUUUCUAUUUAAAAAUAAUGGAGUCCAUGCCAGAGCUAACUAUCCCACCACGCCACCUCCUUCGUGCACCCGUGUUAGAUCCCGCCGAAACAAAGGCUAAAACUAGACCACCUCGUGGUCAAAUCUAGCGUGACCACGUGGUCCGCGGCGCGGUAGUGAAUCGUGUAAAUGUGUGUUAUUUUGACAAACAAAGGCAGAAGAAGUACUAAUGUUAAGAGAAACCACUGUUAUUGCAUUGAAUGUUGAAUUAAUGAAAACCAAAUGGAAAACAUAAAAUCAAAAUGAAUCCCAACAGCGUAAAACGUUAGACAUUUGAACUAAUCCUUAUAGGACUCGUAAAUAUGUGUGUGUAUCUUACAAAAGAAAACAAAUCGUUGACAAAAUGCAAAUCGUCGUUGCGGCUUUUUUUUCUAAUUUAUUUUUAAUAAUGCAUCAAGCAGAACAAAACGUCCAUUCGGCAUUUGACUUCCUUCCUCCGACGCCAAAAAUGGGGGAAUAUUUUGUUUAGUUUUCUAUCAUUUUUCUUUAAGUCGUCUCUCAGAGGAUAAACGAAAUAAAAACUAGUACUUAGCGGCUUAAAAUCUGUGCGUAGAGAGCAGAAAGCACGUCUCUUUUAGGUUCCACUAAAAGUUUAGCAUCAGCGCGCGUCACCACAAUAGACACAACACAAAUUAGUGAACGUAAUUGAUAAGUGUUACAAGCAAAAUUGAAGGGGGACAGUUGUCUAGAAAAUAAGUCAUUUCGGUUCUUUUUUACGCAGAGCAAACGCAAACCAAAAUCCUCUCAUUGACACACACACUCUCAAAGACCCACUUAAGUUUACCAAAAUCAAUCAGAAAUGUCUGCAGACUUAAAAAAAACAUCGGUGAAAUUUAUACUAGAAUUAUUAAUUACUUAUAUUAUUAUGAUUAGGGUGAUACUUACAAUUAAAUAAAAAAGAUGACGUGAGAAAAGAAUUACUUAAACAAAAAAAAAACUAAAAAAGCAAGGCAAGGCAACGGUUAAACAACGCAGGAAGACACUUUUCGUAGAACCACGAACGAAUCCCGCGCGCUCCGAACCAAUCCCGCGGUCAAACCUUCCGUAAAACGAGGGCCCCGCGAAACCACCCAAAAGUCCUAACAAUUCGUCGAGCGCACCUCCACUUGAAAAAAAGACUUGAAAAUUCUGUCUUCUGAACUUGUUUAACUAGCAACGAAACAAAACAAAACAAAAAUCGGUCAUCUUUCGGUUUUUGAAACGGCAACGGACCGCACCAACAGCAGCAGAAGCAAAAAGGCAACGUGUUUUGUGAUGAAGAAGUCGCAGCAGGGUUAGAGAAUUGGGCCAGACGAGAAGAAAGCAAAAGGCAAGCAAGGCGGAUGCAUUUUCACCCUUUCGCAAAUCUCGAAUUUAUUCUCCGCAAAUAAAAGCAGACGAAACUAAGAUGAUGUUCAAAACAUAAAAAACACAAUCCAACAAUCUCUUGCUGUAAACGUGAACGUAGAGUGUAGUUGCAAAAAUUGAAAGGUGUAACAACAAAAAAAUAUUGUAACGUAACUAGCUGUAAGCAAGCAAAUGAAAAGAUGAAAAACAAAACAGGAAAAAAUAAAACAAGAUCCUCAAAACCUGGAA